AUGGCACCCAACUUCAGGAAGAUGAAGGCAUUCGGCAGGAAAGGCUCGACGUCGUCGUCAUCGUCGACUCCCCGGCCCGUACCGCAGUACGACCAAGAGGACUUGGAAUCUGGACACUUCACCGAGGAAACUCAAAAUGUGUACACCACUGCAGAUGCUUCCAUAUCCACCAAGGCGGGCGGCAGCGGUGCCACUUCGGAUGAAUACCGAUCUCUGGUUCAGUAUAUCGACACCUAUAGGGAUCCACAUGCCGAUACGGCUGAGGAAGAGGAGGUCGAGACGAAGAAGAAGCCGUGGUGGAAGGGUGGUGGUGCAGUGGCUGGCAAGAAGACCAGUGACUUUGUCACCCCUGGAGACUGGCUCAACACCGAUAUAAAAGAGGGUCUCAACCCUGUCGAGGUGGAGAGAAGACGGAAGCAGAGCGGAUGGAACGAGCUGACGGCAGAGAAGGAGAACAUGUUUCUCAAGUUCGUUGGCUUCUUCCGAGGCCCCAUCCUCUACGUGAUGGAGGCGGCUGCCAUUAUCGCCUUUGGUCUUCGUGACUGGAUCGACGCCGGUGUGAUCAUUGGUAUCCUGCUGCUCAACGCCAUUGUUGGUUGGUACCAGGAGAAGCAGGCUGCCGAUGUUGUCGCCAGUCUGAAGGGAGAUAUCUCCAUGAAGGCCCGUGUCGUCCGUAAUGGUCGGGAAGAGGAAAUCAGAGCCCGUGAACUCGUCCCUGGUGACAUCGUGAUUAUUGAGGAGGGCACUGUUGUACCUGCUGAUGCACAACUGAUCUGUGAUUACGACGAGGGCGUCGAGGGCUUCAACCACUACAAGGCUGAGCUCAACGCCCAAGACAUGACUUCCCCUCGCGAGAAAAUGGAGGAAGAGGAUGAAGAAGGUUCUCCUCACAUCGGACACCCCAUCGUUGCCAUUGACCAAUCUGCCAUCACUGGCGAGUCUCUCGCCGUCGACAAGUACAUGACCGACAUCGUCUACUACACCACCGGUUGCAAGCGCGGCAAGGCCUACGGUAUUGUCACCUCUGGUGCCCAGGCGUCCUUCGUCGGCAAGACUGCAUCUCUCGUCCAGGGUGCUCAGGACCAGGGUCACUUCAAGGCUAUCAUGAACUCGAUCGGAACUGCUCUGCUGGUUCUGGUCGUUCUCUUCACCCUCGCCGCCUGGAUUGGAGGUUUCUACCGCAACCUGAACAUUGUCGGCUCUCCCGAUGACUCCAACAACCUGCUGCACUACCUCCUUAUCCUCCUCAUCAUUGGUGUUCCUGUUGGUCUGCCCGUUGUCACCACCACGACUCUUGCCGUCGGUGCUGCCUACCUCGCCCAGGAGAAGGCCAUCGUGCAGAAGCUUACUGCCAUUGAGUCUCUCGCUGGUGUCGAUAUCCUCUGCUCCGACAAGACCGGUACCCUGACCGCCAACCAGCUUUCAGUUCGCGAGCCCUUCCUGAUGGAGGGUGUCGAUGUCAACUGGAUGAUGGCUGUCGCUGCUCUCGCCUCCAGCCACAACACCAAGGCUCUCGACCCUAUCGACAAGAUCACCAUCCUCACCCUGAAGCGCUAUCCCAAGGCCAAGGACAUGAUUUCCGAGGGCUGGACGACUGAGAAGUUUAUGCCCUUCGACCCCGUCUCCAAGCGUAUUACCUCUAUCUGCACCUACAACGGCGUUAGAUACGAAUGCUGCAAGGGUGCUCCUAAUGCCGUGCUCAAGACCUGCAAUGUUUCCGCUGAGCAGUCCGCGCUCUUCAAGGAGAAGGCGACUGAGUUCGCCCGCCGUGGUUUCCGUUCUCUGGCUGUUGCUGUUCGCGAGGGCGACGGUGCUUGGCAGAUGCUCGGCAUGCUUUCUCUCUUCGACCCUCCCCGCUCUGAUACCGCCCAGACUAUUGCCGAUGCGCAGACUCUUGGUCUGCAGGUUAAGAUGCUGACUGGUGAUGCCAUCGCUAUCGCCAAGGAGACCUGCCGCAUGUUGGCCCUCGGAACCAAGGUGUACAACUCGGACAAGCUGCUGCACAGCGACAUGGCUGGCAACUCUAUCUACGACCUUUGCGAGCGGGCUGAUGGCUUCGCCGAAGUCUUCCCUGAGCAUAAGUACAAGGUCGUGGAGAUGCUCCAGCAGCGUGGCCAUUUGACUGCUAUGACUGGUGACGGUGUGAACGAUGCUCCUUCCCUGAAGAAGUCGGACUGUGGUAUUGCCGUCGAAGGUGCUACCGAGGCCGCCCAGGCCGCUGCAGAUAUCGUCUUCCUCGCCCCUGGUCUUUCAACCAUCGUCUCUGCCAUCAAGAUCUCUCGCCAGAUUUUCCAGCGCAUGAAGGCGUACAUCCAGUACCGUAUUGCGCUCUGCCUGCACCUGGAACUCUACCUCGUCACCUCCAUGAUCGCCAUCAACGAGACCAUCCGUGUCGACCUGAUCGUCUUCCUAGCUCUCUUUGCUGAUCUUGCUACUAUCGCCGUCGCCUACGACAAUGCCCACUUUGAGCGCCGCCCCGUUGAGUGGCAGCUGCCCAAGAUCUGGAUCAUCUCUGUUGUGCUCGGCACCAUGCUGGCGAUGGGCACCUGGAUUCUUCGCGGCACUCUCUGGCUCAGCAAUGGUGGUGUGAUUCAGAACUACGGCAGCGUGCAGGGGAUCCUCUUCCUGGAGGUGUCCCUCACGGAGAACUGGCUGAUCUUUGUCACCCGCGGCUUCGAGACGUACCCGUCCUUCCAGCUCGUGGCGGCCAUCUUUGGCGUUGACGUGCUGGCGACGCUGUUCUGUGUGUUUGGCUGGUUCACGGGCGGCGCGGAGACCCAGACCAUCCCGGCUACACUGUCGUCUGCGCUCUCCUCCAACGGCCGCACCGACAUCGUGACCGUCGUUGUUGUGUGGUGCUACUCCAUCGCUGUGGUCAUCGUCAUCGCCAUCGUGUACUUUGUCAUGACGGGCUGGACGACUCUUGACAACCUCGGCCGCAAGAAGAGGUCCAAGACCGACACCCUGAUGGAGAACAUCAUCACCCAGCUCGGCAAGGUGUCGAUCGAGCACGAGAAGGAUGACAAGGGCGCCAACAGGUUUUACCUGGCGCAGAAGAUCAUCACCGAGGAGGAAGAUUGA